CGACGACGACGACGACGGCGGCGUCGCAGGCCGACGACUUUUUCAUCAGCACGACGUCACGGCCGACGCGCGACAGCAACAACGCCACGCGCUCGCCCGCGCAGUCGACGACGCGCUCCAUCUUCGUCACGGAGACGAUCACGGAGUACCCGCAGCGCCGCCGCUCGACCGUCAUGGCGGCGCCACCCGCAGAGAAGCCGACGACGAGCACGGUGGCGCCACCUAUCGGGACGGACGAGAGUCGGUCGGCAAGCGAGGACCGGCAGAGGAAGACGGACAGUGUUGGGUUGAUUAUUGGUAUUGCUGUAGCCGUGCUCAUCGCUUUGCUCGCUCUCAUAGCCGUACUCUACCGAGUCUGUAGCAAGAAGGAAGGCACGUACAAGGUCGACGAGAGCAAAAACUACGGUUUCGCGCCGACAGCGGUCGCCACCACCGCGGUGGCGGCCGCACCGCAGGCGAACGGGGGCAUCAAAAAUAACAAUGGCAAGGCAGGGAAACUACCAAAGAAGAAAGAUGCGAAAGAUGUUAAGGAAUGGUACGUGUAG